AUGCUCGGACGAACUCUAGGGCCUGCAGCAAGGUCCGCCAGACAGCAAUUUCAACCCAAAGCUCGUUUCGUCAACUCUCGCUUUCAAUCCACCGCAUCUAAUGCGGCUUCCACUGGUAGUAGUAAUCCCGCUUUGAUUGGCGGUAUUGCUGGUGGGACUGUCGCCUUCCUUACGGGGUACACCUGGUACCACUUCUCCGGAGCCAAGACGCUUAUGAACACCAGCAGGCAGACACAAGCAUACAUCGACCAGGCCAAGCAGACAAUUGCUCAGAAGGCCCCUGAACCAAACGAGGCAUUCCGCUGGUUAAGGGAUACGGCCAAAAGCUAUGCUGUCUUCAUCCCUGGCGCGCGCGGCUAUGUCGAUACCGCAUUUGACGACCUCGAUAAGAUUAGAAACGAUCACGGAAAGGAGUUUGAUGAAGUGGUCAAAAAUGCAUAUACCGAGCUGAAUGAUCUCUCGAAGAAAGAAGGAUUGAGCAUAGACUCAGCGUCAAAGGGUCUGGGCGUGCUACAGAAACAUUUGAAGCAGUUGUUCGAUCUUGCUGGCGACGCAGUGGAAAAUGUUCUCGACAAUCACCCUCAACUCAAGGAGAAGGUUGGUGGUAGUUUUGAUCAGUUAAAGGAGAUGGGUGAGGCUUAUGGGCCCCAAGCGAAGACGGAAGUGAAUCAAACCUGGCAACAAAUCUCCAGCAUUGUGCAGCGUGGUGCAAGUAUUGAGUCGGCUGAAGAGAUCAAAAACCUCAUUCAAGAGAAGAAGACAAAGCUCGAAAAGCUAGGGGAUGAGGCAUGGCAGAAGGGUUUCGAGGAGUCUCAGCAAUACCUUGAUAAGAGCCCCAAGCUCAAGCAAAUGGUUGAAGACAAUGCCGAUACCUUGAAAAAGGGCAAUGCUAAAGAUCUGUGGGGUCUUGUCAAGGAGAGUGCUUCUUCUGGGAAGAUGGAGGAUGUGGAGAAGUACAUCAAAGAGAAAGUUGGUCAAGCGAAGGAAAGCGGCUUGGGCGACCUGGACAAGUGGCUAAAGAUGGUACCUGGCGGCUCCAGCGUCAUCCCUCAGUUGCAGUCACUACAGGCUAUCGCGCAAAAGAGGGGCAGCGAGGCAGAAAACGUCUUGAAAGAGACCGUCGAGGAAAUACAGAAUGUGCUGAAGAAGCGAAAGGAACAGGUGGAGAAGAUUGCCGAGGAAGGGAAAGAAGAGACCAAAUAA